AUGCUGUUUUAUUUAAAUUCCCCAUCUUGCAUUCGGGCGGUGAAAAUUAUAAAAACCUCAAUAAAAUUUGCUUCGAACAAAGUUUUUAAAGAUGUGAGCACAAAAGAUCGAAACACUUCAAAAUCUGUUGAGAGUGAGGAUGUAUUACCUGCUGUUGGUAUAGAGCUAUCUGUUGAGAGUGGUAGGGAGGAUGUAUUACCUGCUGUUGGUAUAGAGCUAUCUGUUGAGAGUGAGGAUGUAUUACCUGCUGUUGGUAUAGAGCUAUCUGUUGAGAGUGAGGAUGUAUUACCUGCUGUUGGUAUAGAGCUAUCUGUUGAGAGUGAGGAUGUAUUACCUGCUGUUGGUAUAGAGCUAUCUGUUGAGAGUGAGGAUGUAUUACCUGCUGUUGGUAUAGAGCUAUCUGUUGAGAGUGAGGAUGUAUUACCUGCUGUUGGUAUAGAGCUAUCUGUUGAGAGUGAGGAUGUAUUACCUGCUGUUGGUAUAGAGCUAUCUGUUGAGAGUGAGGAUAUAUUACCUGCUGUUGGUAUAGAGCUAUCUGUUGAGAGUGAGGAUAUAUUACCUGCUGUUGGUAUAGAGCUAUCUGUUGAGAGUGAGGAUAUAUUACCUGCUGUUGGUAUAGAGCUAUCUGUUGAGAGUGAGGAUGUAUUACCUGCUGUUGGUAUAGAGCUAUCUGUUGAGAGUGAGGAUGUAUUACCUGCUGUUGGUAUAGAGCUAUCUGUUGAGAGUGAGGAUGUCUUACUUGCUGUUGGUAUACAGCUAUCUGUUGAGAGUGAGGAUGUAUUACCUGCUGUUGGUAUAGAGCUAUCUGUUGAGAGUGAGGAUGUCUUACUUGCUGUUGGUAUACAGCUAUCUGUUGAGAGUGAGGAUGUAUUACCUGCUGUUGGUAUAGAGCUAUCUGUUGAGAGUGAGGAUGUAUUACCUGCUGUUGGUAUAAAGCUAUUUGUUGAGAGUUAG